CUCCACCACCACCUCACCUCUCUUCUCGCCUCCCCUAUUUAUCACAUCGCACACUAGCGCUCUUCAGUCCUCUUCUCCUUCUACUUCCACUUGUUCCAAUAGCUAGCUAGCUAGGAUCCAUCAUUACAUACCAUCGCCUUCCUUCCAGGACCCAACCAAGAAGACGAACAAGAACAAUUUCAUCCAAGAGCCUGACUGCCUGCCAUGGAGCACAGGGAGCAGACUACUGCAACAACUAUUUCGAUUGACAUACCGGCAGGAAGAGUGGCUGAUCAUCUCCUGACACCGACACCAACAGAAGCAGACAUCAUCCCAAUUCCUCCUGGUUCUAACACCAAAAGCAUCCCCAUCACAUACACACCCGGUUCUUCCUCCAGCAGAAGUAGUGCUCCCCCAAAGCCCCAACGCUCGCCGUCGUUUAUGUUGAGGAAGACAGUCAAGAGCCUCUUGCCGGUAGGGAGCUUCAAGUCAUCAGUUAAAGGGUACGAGGCAUCUUUCUCCAAGUUGUUCAACUCUAGGAUGGCAAGGACGUCGUCGCUCCCGUUGGACCAUGUUUCAGGGGUCGAUGCACCACUGUCACAUGAAGUCGAUAAAUCUUCAACCACUGAGAAAGCAGUUCACAUAUGCCGCUCGCAGUCCCUCCCCAUGAACAUGAAGAGAUUCAAUGCAAAGAGCUUCAAGAGGAUGGACUCACUGGGCGGCAAGUACCGCAUUGUUCCUUCGACACCGAGAGUCCAAGCCGCAAGCAAUGUCGUCCCUGAUAUAGUCCCUACUGAGUCAGGCAUCGGCGAAGACCAUGGCGAGGACAUACCGGAGGAAGAGGCAGUGUGCCGGAUCUGCUUGGUUGAGCUGUCUGAAGGCACUGACACUCUGAAACUGGAGUGCUCAUGCAAGGGUGAGCUUGCUCUAGCUCACAAGGACUGUGCCGUGAAGUGGUUCAGCAUCAAGGGAAACAGGAACUGUGAGGUGUGCAAGCAGGAGGUCCAGAACCUCCCCGUCACCCUGCUACGUGUUCAGAGCACGCAGGGUGAGGCGAAUCAUGUUGGCAUCAGGUCGAGGUACCAGCGGUACAGAAUCUGGCACGGGACACCUAUCCUUGUAAUCAUAAGCAUUCUCGCCUACUUCUGCUUCCUGGAAGAAUUACUGGUCGCUCAUAACGGCAUUGCUGCUCUGGCGAUAUCGUUGCCCUUCUCAUGUAUACUGGCCCUCUUCUCAUCAUUGACCACAACAAGCAUGGUGGCAAGAAGAUAUGUCUGGAUUUUCGCCGCAGUUCAGUUCUUCUUCGUCGUGUUCUUCACCCAUCUGUUCUACAGAUAUCUCCAUUUGCAGGCCGUGAUAUCCAUCAUCCUGGCCACCUUCGCUGGGUUUGGCAUGGGGAUGACCGGGAACUCCAUCAUCGUUGAGAUACGGCUGUGGAGGGCGAGGCGGGUGGUGCCCCCGACUGACACCCGUCGUGGUCGCAGGGCUCCGGUGGCAUCUCAUCAACCUUCCGGCCAGUCUUCAGCUGCCGGCGAUGUUGAGAACCCUCGAGCAUAGAACAUUUGCAGUUUCUAGUUAUCUAGCAGUUGUAGUUUACCUGGGAGGUUGGGACCAUAUUUUACUGUAUAAAUGGUACAGCAGGCCAGGUCUGGAAGUAUUUUUAUUUUUAUGGUGAAGAACAUGCAAAUCUUUUUCUUUUCUCAGCUCUUCUAUUUGCAGCAUACGUAGAAGAAGUGUGCUACGAAGUUUUCCCGUUUAACUCGGGAACUUUCCUGUGUUCCAUAUACUAUGCAUAAGAAUAUAUACAAUCAAUACUGUAACAUUAUGGUA